UACUUGGUACCGGAUCGUACCGAUCAGUCAAAGAGACGCCGCGGUUCUGGUGCGCUUCAUUCCGCGAAAGUCCGUCGAGCGGAGGAGAACCGAGUGUUGCCCGCGGUACCGUUUUUUUGUCGGUCGUUCCGUCGCCUGGUACGACCUUUAGAACGGGUCGGUGCGCGUAUUAAAAUAUCGCUUUUCAUUUAAUCAUAAUAAUAAUAAUAGUAAAAGUAAGCUGUUUUGGUCGCUUAUUAUUAUCGGUCAUUAUGUCGUCGUUUUUUAAAAUUAAACCCAUUUGGAAAGGAAACUUGAAGAAGCAUAAAAAACUAUCGGAAGACGCCGCCCUUCAAACCGGCAAAGAGACCAUCAUCGAACCGGAAUCCGAUAAUAACGAGGCCGAAAACGAAGUGGUCACUUUUAAAUUAAAAUAUUUAGGCAGUACCGUAGUAGAAAAAACGUCGGAUAAAUCGACCGUAAGCACGGACGCCGUAAAAAACAUCAUAAAAACCGCGAAAGCGGCCCGCAAACAACAGAAGAAACUCCAAAGGGUCAUCGUGGCCAUAUCCGCCACCGGAAUAGCCGUGACUGACUUGGAAGGGAACGACAUAAUUAAAGUUUCCAUUUACAGAAUCUCGAACUGUGCAGCUGACGCGUCACACCGUCAAGUGUUCUCGUUCAUCUCCACCGAUCAAAACGACACCAUGGAGUGCCACGCCUUCUUUUGUUCGAAGAGGAAACUCGCCGAAACCGUCACCCUCACCGUCGGCAAAAUCUUCACCACCGCCUACGAGAUGUGGAGGGAUUCCCCGCCAAAUUCCCAAUUAACCGCUGUGCAGGGCAGUACCAGUAGUAAGGAGGAGCAGGAAGAAGAGGAGGAGGAGGAGAGUCCCAAUGGUCAAAAAGUGAGUGAGGAGAAACUGAUCGAUUUCGACAGUGAGGGCGUGGAGGAGGACGACUGGGAGUUUGACGGGCUGCUCACCAAUAGAAACGUCAACGGAAAUAGUCAGUGGGUAUCCUUCGAGGACGACUUUUCUAAGGCCACCGUUCCACAACUGCCACCCCGCAACAACCUGAUUUCGGUAUAAUUAGUUAUUUAACUAAUAUAAUACUCGAGCAAAUGGCCAAUAUAUAAUAUAAUAUAAUAUAAAUAUUCGUUUUAUAUGUAUAUGUAAGUGUGAUUUUAUUUAAGUGCUAUAAUUGUUUUUUUUUUGUAUAUAAGGAUUAUAAUAAUGAAGUAUGUCUCAGCUAUAUUAUAUCGAUUGAUAAAUAAAGCAUGCAAAAUAUAUAA